GGGGUGCGCCUGCGCAUUGCGCUGGUCUCCAUGGCGGGGCCUCGGAGCCAAGACGAGAGAAAAGGCUACUGUGAAGACAUUAUUAUAUGGUUGACCUAUAUGAGACUACAGCUAUCAUGAUUUAGGGCCACCAAAAGGAAGAGCUACAGAAGAAAACAAAGGGCAUUUCUGGAGGUAGUAGAAUGCUUGAGGCCUGGAAUUUAAACUUGAGUCACUGUCUGAAGCUAUUAACCAAUAGAAGAAAAUGGAAUUGAAUGUGCUAUCAGCAUGGAACAGUCUAAUUGUUCUUUAAGAGUCAAUCAUCAUGAUGGCGAAGAAUCAAAAACAGAUGUUCAGGUAUUUGAGCACCUAACUCAUAUGGACUCCAGGGAUUCUUCCUUUGGACAAAAUGAUUCUUCUACAGUUGUGCCCAUUACUACCCAUGGAGCAGAUAUUUCACUCACAUCACAAAAUAUGCAAGGGUCCCUAACCCAGCCUCCUUCUACAGAGCAGUUCCAUCUAGUGGACCAAAGUGGGCAACCUAUGCAGUAUGAACUUCAGUCACUGGAGGAUUCUAAUGCACAAAUGAUGAUUGUAGCCAACCCAUCAGACAACGGACAGGUGCUUCAAGUAAUUCCAUCUAGCCAGACAGGAAUGACACACGUGGUUGUUCCUCAGGGACAGCUUGUGGAUGUGAAUAGUCCUCCGGAUGUCUCUGAAGAGAAAACUGGUGACAGAAACUUACCAACUGUAAGAGUGGAUGGUCUAGCAGACAAUACCAGUAAUUACAUUCUUCAUCCACAUGCAUCCCUCACAUCACCAAAAAAGUCAGUGACCAGAAUACUUGAAGAACCUUUUAUGACUCCUCUCCAGCCACUUUCUUCUAACACACCUAUAUGGGCCUGCCGUCUUAGGAGCUGUGAGAAAAUUGGAGAUUCUUAUCGUGGCUUCUGUGUUAGUGAGACUGAAUUAGAAAGUGUCCUAACAUUUCACAAGCAGCAAACACAGAGUGUUUGGGGCACCCGCCAAUCUCCAAGCCCAGCCAAGCCUGCUACACGCUUGAUGUGGAAAUCCCAGUAUGUCCCAUAUGAUGGAAUCCCAUUUGUUAAUGCAGGGAGCAGGGCUGUGGUAAUGGAGUGUCAGUAUGGGCCAAGGAGAAAAGGUUUCCAGUUAAAAAAAAUCAAUGAGCAGGAAAGCAGGUCUUGUCAGCUCUACAAAGCUACUUGUCCAGCCCGGAUAUAUAUAAAAAAGGUACAGAAGUUUCCUGAAUAUAGAGUUCCUACAGACCCCAAAAUUGACAGAAAAAUAAUCAGAAUGGAGCAAGAAAAAGCCUUUAACAUGCUAAAGAAGAACUUGGUGGAUGCUGGUGGUGUUCUCAGGUGGUAUGUACAAUUACCUACACAGCAGGCUCAUCAAUAUCAUGAAUUAGAGACUCCAUGCCUUUCUCCUUCACCUUCUUCUUUUCCUAUGUCUUCUCUCGAAGAAGAAGAAAAUACCAUUAGAGAUGAGAAUUGUGCAUUGCCCUCACGUCUACAUCCUCAAGUAGCAUUUAAGAUUCGAGAAUUAGUUACACAGGGAAUAGAACAAGUAUAUGCAGUAAGGAAACAACUAAGAAAAUUUGUAGAAAGAGAAUUGUUCAGACCUGAUGAAAUACCUGAAAGACAUAAUUUAUCUUUUUUUCCAACUGUAAAUGAUAUAAAAAAUCACAUCCAUGAGGUACAGAAAUCCUUGAGAAGUGGAGAUAUGGUAUAUAGCUCAGAGAUUAUUCCAGCAACGCUUCAAUGGACUACAGACAAUGGGAAUAUUCUCAGAGAGACUGUGACAGUUACAUUUGCAGAAGGAAAUUCACCAGGAGAAUCAAUUGCUGCCAAAGUGGAAGCAAAUCAGACAAGAAGUUCUUUGUCUCCAGAGCCAGCCCAUUUACUCUCCUCACUUUCCUCAUUUCAGCCUAAAAUAUUUGCCCAACUGCAGGGUUUGCAGUUACAACCAAGAUUCACCUCUUCUGAUGAAUCAGCGACUCUGAUACCAGUAAAUAACCACCUCUCCUCCAGUCCUUCAAGACUUCUGGAUUCAUUAGGAAGUACUGUAAUGAAUAAUAAUUCUCUACUGCUUGGUCAGAGUCAUAGCCUUCAAACAGACACAUGCCUAACCCAAAACAAUCAUACUGCCUCUGCCAUGGGCAGCCCUCCAGGACCAGAUCAGAAUCUAAUUCCAAUGGAUCAGCUUGUGGAAGUUGGGGAUGUUGAUGAUACAGAAAAUCUGGAAGGAAGUGUUUCUCAGAUUCUGUUGGGAGAUGUGCAGACCAUUCCAAUACGGAUUAUAGACGGCCAUCCCACUCUUAUUGAAGAAACUACAGAAGGUACCAUUUCUGUGAGUCAAGUUAAGCAAGAACCCAAAGAACCAGCAUUGUCUGUGGAAGCAAAAAAUUUAGACUGUAAGAAAUUAUCUGCCACAUAAAUAACUGAAGCUUUUCAGAAUUUACAGCUCUGGUGACUUCUGAUGUCUUAGAAAAGAAGGUGAAUAUUGUAAAAGUAUUGUCAUUCUUCAGGACGGUGUGAUAAAUGGACUGAAGACUGUCUGUGAACAGCUUUGAUUUGAAA